UUGACGUUGUGUCGGCCAGACUGAAGACUCUUUUCCUGGAGGAUUAUGCCUUUUUUGUGUGGAUUUCAACGGCAGAAUCCCAGUUUGUGAUUGAAAGCGGUGGCUUUUUUCACGUUCUCACGACACCUCGGCUUGGUGAGAAGCCGGGGGAGAGGACAAGUGAAAUUCUUCUGGAAGAGGCUGCUUUUACCUUGCAAAGAAACGGCAACAAAGAGCAUUCAGGGAAGUAGCCUGCUGCCUGGUGAGGUAACGCAAGUUAGUUCUGUAACAAAUAGAAAGUACGGCAGCGGAGAAAUUCUUCACCAUGGUUUCCAGCAGACUCCUUCGUACGGUUUUGACUUUGUUGUUUUUUAUCCUGUUCCUAAAUGUGGGGAUUUUUCGAGUAGACGGGCAGUACGGCGGCGGUGACCGAGGAAUGUCUAUACCGGAGCACGGAUUUUGUCAGCCGAUUUCUAUUCCGCUGUGUACGGACAUCGCGUACAACGAGACUAUCAUGCCAAACCUUCUGGGUCACACCAACCAGGAGGACGCGGGGCUGGAGGUCCACCAGUUCUACCCGUUGGUGAAAGUCCAGUGCUCGCCGGAUCUAAAGUUCUUCCUCUGCUCCAUGUAUGCGCCCGUGUGCACGGUGCUCGAGCAAGCGCUGCCUCCGUGCCGCUCUCUGUGCGAGCGCGCGCGGCAGGGCUGCGAGGCGCUCAUGAACAAGUUCGGCUUCCAGUGGCCCGACAGCCUCGCGUGCGAGUCCUUCCCGGUGCACGGCGCGGGAGAGCUGUGCGUCGGCCAGAACAUGUCAGACCACGCCGAGUCGGAGGGCCCCGGUCCGUACCCCACCGAGCGCAUACCUGACCCCAUGAACGGCCAGUUCAGGUGCCCUGCCUCGCUCCAGGUGCCUCACUAUCUGAACUACCGCUUCCUCGGGCAGGAGAACUGCGGCGCUCCCUGCGAGCCAAAGAGAUCCCACGGGAUGAUGUACUUUAGCGAGGAGGAGCUCAAAUUUGCGAGGAUAUGGAUCGGCAUCUGGUCUGUGUUGUGCUGUGCUUCCACUUUAUUUACCGUGCUGACCUACCUGGUGGACAUGAAGCGCUUCAGCUACCCAGAGCGGCCAAUCGUCUUCCUCUCGGGCUGCUACACCAUGGUGUCCAUCGCAUACAUCGCUGGAUUUUUACUGGAGGACAAGGUGGUUUGCAAUGACAGAUUUGAUAACGACAUAAGGACUGUGGUGCAGGGCACCAAAAAGGAGGGCUGCACCAUCCUCUUCAUGAUGCUGUACUUCUUCAGCAUGGCCAGCUCAAUCUGGUGGGUCAUCCUGGCUCUCACCUGGUUCCUGGCAGCAGGGAUGAAAUGGGGCCACGAAGCCAUCGAGGCUAACUCUCAGUACUUCCACUUGGCAGCCUGGGCCGUGCCCGCCAUCAAGACUAUUACCAUUCUGGCCGUCGGGCAGGUGGACGGAGAUGUGUUGAGCGGGGUUUGCUUCGUGGGCGUCAACAGCGUGGAUGCCCUGCGGGGCUUCGUGCUGGCACCGCUGUUUGUCUACCUAUUCAUCGGUACCUCCUUCCUCUUGGCGGGCUUCGUCUCCCUGUUUCGCAUCCGGACCAUCAUGAAGCACGACGGCACCAAGACGGAGAAGCUGGAGAAGCUGAUGGUGCGGAUAGGGAUCUUCAGCGUGCUCUACACCGUGCCGGCCACCAUCGUCAUCGCCUGCUACUUCUACGAGCAGGCCUUUAGAGAGCAGUGGGAGAGGACGUGGAUCAGCCAGACGUGUAAGACAUAUGCUGUGCCAUGUCCUGUCCAAAGCCACCCCAACAUGAGCCCUGACUUCACUGUCUUCAUGAUAAAGUAUCUCAUGACACUCAUUGUGGGCAUCACCUCCGGAUUUUGGAUCUGGUCUGGGAAGACACUCAACUCCUGGAGGAGGUUUUACACAAGACUGGCCAACAAUAAACAGGGUGAGACCACGGUGUAAUGUGGUUUUGCCUCAGCCUUCACAGAGGACUGCUUAGUGACAAACUGAAUGAUAAUCCUCUUUAUUAUUUUCAUUUCAUUUGUCUUUGACUUACAGGAGGCAUGUUUUUUAAUGUACAUACACAAUUGUGAGAUUUUUGUAAGUAUAUAUAUAUUUGUAUUUAAAGAUUUAAAAAAUUCUUCCUUUUUUAAAAAAAAAAACAAAAACGUUUUACAUACCUUGGACAUAAUGGAAUUGUACUUAACCAUCACAAAGAGCCAGCUGACCAUCAUAGAGCCUGGGGUCUCAUGACCCGACUCACUGUGGACACCACUGGGAGUAUUUCACAUUGAGUGUUUGCGCCUUUGAUCAGUGAACUGCCUGUGAGCAUUGGGUCUAUUCUAAGCAGAGUCCCGUGAAACCCAAGUGCUUCCUCGUGUCUGCCUCUUAUCCUGAUUAACCAGCUGUAGAUUGUGUCUUUUGUACAGUUGAGCAGCAGUUGCCUGGGUCUGGAGGGAAAUGUCAGCAGUCUGGGACAAGACACGGUGCCCAGGUUGUGAAUGUGAGUCAUUGUGACAGAUGGUUGUGGCCUGUAGCUCAGGCCCUGACAGUUAUAACAUUCCUUUCCAAAUAAAGCACACGUAAUCAUGCCAGUUUAAAGGACCAUACCAGUGUUUUUGCAUGUUUUAAUCCUGAAAAUUGUGUAUUUUUAUUGUGAGAUUUUUUUUUAACGUGUUUUGCCCACUUUCCUGGAAACUGUCUAUUUCAGUACGUUAUGAAAGUCCGCUUACAGUGACCAUCAUGGCUGAGCUCUGUUUUGUUUAAAUUGUGUAAUUGUUGCAUUGCAAUGCAGAUGUAAGACCUGCAUUAUGACACAACAAUAACACAACUUGGCCAAAACGAAAGCGGGUAAAUGUAUUAACUGACAAUUAGAUUUAUUUACUGUGGUGAAAUUAGCUGAAACCCAGGGCUGCCAGAUAGGAAGGAAAACACAUUAAAACUGAAAAAAAAAAUUAUGGUAUGGUGUUUAAAAAUGGUUACCUGUAAUCUAAGUGAUACAUACCUCAGGGGUCUAAAACAUGCAAAUAUGUUAGUAUGCUCCUUAACAACAGUGAUUCAAAACAACAUUAGCAUGGUCUGUAUUUGGAGAACUUAAAAAAAUCUGGCUGCAGUGGCAAUUUGAGUUGUUAAAACACGAAGCUGUAAAAAAACAUACAGAUCAAGCAGAAGACCUCUGUGUGUUAAAGCAAAUUUUAAACGUAAACAAUUUUUCCACAUACAUUGCUAUCUAAAAUCACUGGACACCCUUUGAGCCUUUACAGUAUGUUUUGCUACACAAUAAUCUUCAAAUUUCACAUCUUCUUACAUUUUCUCUAUUGCACCAAAAUAAUGAGAAAAUUUGAUUUAUUAUCAUGCAUUUAAUUCAGCUAAAUAAGUAGUGUGAGCAAAAGUAGGUUCAUGCUGUGUCAUCAGAGUAGAACUGAAUUGAUUCGUCAAUUAAAUGAUUUGUCAUUUGAAAGAAACUUAAUCUGCAACUAUAUUAACAAUUGAUUAAUAAUUUCAUUCAUUUCUCAAGCAAAAGACAUCUGCAGGUUCAAGCUUUUCAAAUGUGAGGAUUUGCUGCUUUUUUGAUCACGUAUAUAUGACCUUAAUAUUUUUUUGUUUUUGAUUGUAGGUUGACUAAAAUGAACAAUUUCAAUACGUCCUUGGGCUUUGGAAAAUUUUGGAUGGGCAUUUUUGUCAGUUUUCUGACAUAGAAAAAAUAAAAUUACCAUAUAAUCUGCAGAUUAAUUCAUGAAAACGAGCAAACCUACAUCAGAUCCAUUGUGUCAAUGAAAAGUAUUUGAUUAAACCUUCACAUCAUAUGCUGCACAGAUCUUAAAUUUAGGUUGUAAGAGCAGGAUUGACUGUACAUGAUUCAGAAUUGUGAAUUGUACCAAUUUUGACUUUUAUUCCCAAGACACCAAGAACUAAUCUCAGUAGAGUUGUAAGGCAUUUUAGGGUGCAGCAUUAGUUUCAGAGCAGUUUCAGAAAACACAAGCAUAUUGUGGAAUGUGAGGCUUACUGACAAUUUUGGGGGUCAAGCUCAAUCAGUUUUGAAAAGAAAAUGAAUGAUCACACUUCUCUUACUUUAUCUGACAACGCAUAAGAGAUGAGUUGAGGUCAUGUUGUCAGGUACUGAACAGUAAAUGCACCUGCAUGUUUUUUAUUUUAUUCAGGUUAUGUGAUUAUAAAAUUUCUCAUGGCACAAGAUAUGUAAGUUUGCAUAUAUAAAUAUGAAAUUGAAAUUGAAAAAAAUAUUUUACAAUUAUUGUAAUUUUAUAAAUGUCAUUAGUAUUAAUAGAAUUUCCUUAGGGAGUGUCCAGACUUAAACAUGGCAUCGUAAAUAUUGUUCUGUCCAGGGCUAAUAAUAGGAGAGGUUUUUUUGUCAUCCACAUAUCACAAAUGUUUGUAACAAAAGAUGUUAUUGAUGCAUUUUUCCACUAUACUGUCUGUUCUUAACCUGGAGGUUGAAUAUGUCAGUUAUUGCUGAGAGAAGACUUAGGUUGAUCUGCAGAGUAAUUUGAUCCUGGUGAACAUAGCUGCGUGUCUGCACUGUGGGACUGAAGAGCAGCCAGCAGCUUGCGUGUCUUCCACUGCAGGAGAAAGGAAGCCUUGUGUUGAAAUGCAGAGCGGCUGCUGUCAGUGCAGCCCAGCUCACACACACAUCAUGACUUGUGUUCUUGUCAAAUGCUCUUCCACACAGUGCUUCCGGUUCAUAAUAAUCCUUUUAUUGUGUUGACGGCUCUACAAUAGUCAUGGCUUUGAAGUAAUUUCCUUUGCAUUUGCUAUGAAGAGAACCUUUAUAUUUAUAGAAAAAAUAUUAUAUAUACACUACAUUGAUUUCUUUAUGAGAAUAAAAACAAUCUCACCAUUGAAACUGUCAUGCCUCUGUAAAAUGUCUAUUUUUCCCUUGAAAUGCAAAAAAUGCUUGUUUGCCAUUAAAGGAUAGGUUCAGAUUUAUCCAGCCCAACUUACUUCAAUACUCACAUAUAAUAUGUGCUUUGAAAAUGUUAAUGUUUUUUUUUUUUUUUUAAUUAUUCUUACAAGAUUUAAAUGUAUGAAAUGGGGGACAAAAUUCACAGUCCUUGUUCUGGGUAAAUGUGCAUUCACCUGAAGCUAAUCUGAGGCUUCA